AGCGGAGGGGGUUUCCAGCGUGAUCAGUCCAGUCCUCCCCGCUGGAUCUCGACUGGAUCCCAGUGACUUCUCUCUGGCACACACACACACACUCACACACACACACACACAGAGGACCGACAGAACCCGCAGAACCCUGAACCUGAACCCGGACCAUGAGGAGUCCGCUUGAGGCCCGGAAGCUCCCAGGCAGCGGCAGCGGCAGCGGCAGGUUGACGGUUUGAAUCCCGGAGAGAGUCCGCCGAGCCGAGGAACUGCUGAGCUGAGCUGUGGCCUGCGAAGGAGAUUCAUGUCAUGUCAGCGGGGAGGAGUGCUGACGGGAGGGAGGUGCAGAUUCCCCUCCAGCAAGUGGCGCCCUCAAUGGCCACGCCCCUCUCAGUGGCCCCAACCAUCACAGUUCCCUCACACCGCCCAUCCAAUCCCUGGCCUCCCAGUGACCCCACCACUUCACAAGGUGUCCCUGCAGGUUUCCUGCCUCUUCACGGAGGAUUCAGAGAUCACUUUGUAGAAACUCCAGAAGCCAAAUACUGCUGUGAGGCCUGCAGGCUGGUCCUGUGUCAGCCACGCCAAACUGAGUGUGGACACCGCUUCUGUCAGAGCUGCAUCAACGACAUCCUCAGCCGUCCAAACCCAGUAUGUCCAGCUGACAUGGAGCCUCUGUUCAAAGAUAAGAUCUUCAGAGACGUUUGCUGCCAUCGGGAGAUCAUGGCACUGAAGGUUUACUGUCGCAGUGAAUCUAACGGCUGUGAGGAACAGAUGAGUCUGCAGCAGAUACCUGACCACCUGAAUGUGUGUCCGUUCUUUGAGGUUCCCUGUCCGUUGGGUAAAUGUAAAGAGCGAAUGAUGAGGAAAGAGAUCCCUGACCACCUAAGCUGGAAAUGUAAACACAGAGAGACCAGCUGCGAGUUCUGCAUGACCAAGAUGCCUCUGACUGACCUGCAGAAACACAAAGAGACGGUUUGUCCAGCGUUCCCAGUGUCAUGUCCAAACCACUGCUCCUUCUCCUCUCUGCCCCGGAGUGAGCUGUCCAGUCAUCAACACGAUUGUCCCAAAGCUCAGGUGAACUGCCAGUUCCACCGUUACGGCUGCACCUUCAAGGGUUUGAAUCAGGACAUGAGGCAACAUGAGUCUGCCUUUGCAGCUGAACACCUCAGAAUGAUGGCUAACAGAAACGCCACAUUAGAAACCAAGGUGGAGGAUGUCAAAGGUGAACUGUUAGAAAGGUAUAAGGUGCUUCCUGCUCUCAGCAACCGUCUGUCUGAACUGGAGAACCAGAAUGAUGAGCUGAGAGAGAAGAACCGACAGAUGGAGCAGAAACUGGCCACCAUGCAGAAACUUAUGAGCUCUCACUCAGAGAAGCUCCUGGAGGUGGAACUGGAGCUUCGUUCUCUCCGUGUGCUCAGAGACGAGGUGGAGAACCUUAGAGGAAUGCUGGAGAAUGUCCGGACAAGACUGAAUGCUUUGGAACAAGGGGGACGCAGCGGGACUGGAUCAGCAACACAUACUCUGGCAUCCCUGGAGACUCAGAUGAAUCGACAUGACGACAUGCUGAGUGUCCACGACAUCCGAUUGGCUGAUAUGGACCUGCGUUUCCAGGUGCUGGAGACCGCAAGCUACAAUGGGACUCUGAUCUGGAAGAUUCGCGACUACAAGAGGCGGAAACAGGAAGCGGUGGCGGCGAAGACGUUGUCACUUUACUCGCAGCCAUUUUAUACCGGGUACUUUGGGUACAAGAUGUGUGCCCGUGUCUACCUGAACGGAGAUGGCAUGGGCAAGGGGACACACCUAUCGCUGUUCUUUGUGGUGAUGAAGGGCGAGUACGACGCCCUGCUGCCGUGGCCCUUCAAACAGAAGGUGACUCUGAUGCUGAUGGAUCAGGGUCCAUCACGGAAACACUUGGGUGAUGCCUUCAAGCCUGAUCCAAAUAGCAGCAGCUUUAGGCGUCCUGCAGCUGAGAUGAACAUCGCCUCUGGAUGUCCUCUCUUUGUGUCCCAGAGUGUCCUGGAGACAGGCAGCUACAUCAAAGACGACACCAUUUUCAUUAAGGUUACCGUGGAUACCUCUGAUCUUCCUGACCCGUGAUGUACUGCCACUCUGACCUCUGACCUUGCUUGUCUGAGAUGAGCUCACCUGUCCACGUCCAGCAGAGCAAAGGAUGGAACAGGGAUAAUGCAGGAGGCUCAUCUAUGUGAGAGAGACGCCAGCGGAAGAAUAGAAGAGUCACACAGGAAGCAACCAAUCAGAGUGAACUUUACAGAGGCCACAUGGUGGGUCUUCUUCUGAUUGUCUGACAAACUACAGAACUGUUUGUGUGUGUGUUAGUGUGUGUGUGUGUGUGUGUGUGUGUGUGUGUGUGUGUGUGUGUGUGUGUGUGAAUGGAUCAGUGUUACCAUGACAUCACCAUGGUGAUAUCAAAAUGGCCGCUGUAGCAAGAAAAUUGUUGCUGCCCAUUACUGAUGCUGUGCAUCAAGCUUUACUUCCUGUUUAUUACCUGUUUACGAAGGCAUCCUGGGAAAUGCACUGCAGCCACAGAGGAUCUGCAGACCAGUAAAAAUCCUCAUGAUCUCAAAUCUUCACCCAUUAAAUACCAGUUAAAUCCAGUAGAAACGAUUUCUUGUAAAGACCUGUAGAAUCUGAAACAGGACCCAGUACAAACUAUUACAGACCAAAUACAAAUGUUAACAGUUUCAACAAUAUCAUUUGGUGUCGUGUUUUUGAAUGAGCAUUUUAAAAUUAGAGGUAUAUUUUUUUUCAGUUUAAAUGUUCUCAUUUCAAAUGUUAAACAGCAUUUAAAUGUGUAGACUACAUUUUAUAGUAUUUCUGUGACUCCUCAAGCAGGUCAGAUAUUAAAAGGCUAAUGAUAAUGCUCCAGGUGAUUUUGUUUCAGUUCCACCUGUUCAUUACAGCUACCUGUUGGUUACUGGUUACAGUAACAGUUCAUCUUUAUGUCAGAACUAGCUUGUGUGGUGUAACCUUUUCUAACUUAGUAAAGAGCGACAUUUUAUGAGGGUUAGGUUUAAAUGUUUGAACAGCUGAUGCAGUUGGUUCCAGAAUAUUACAGGAAUCAGCUUUGCUGUACUGACCAUGUGAGACAGGUAUCAGUGAGACAUGUAUAUGAGAGGAGAGCGAAAGACGAGUGGUUGAAGCUCAUAUUUAUGAUCAGACCUGAAAAUGACCUGAGUAAAAUCUGAAUUCAAUCAAAGGAAGAAAAUUAAUUAAAACCAGUGACCUCAUCCCAAAGUGAUUGUAGCAUGAUUAAUAGUUCAGACCUGAUUACAGAACAGUUGAAAGGACUAGAGUUCCAGCAGUUGCUACUAGGUUUAUUGGGGUUCCUCUGUGGCUUCUGAGUUUUUCAGUGUGGACAAAAUUCAUCUGACUCAUUUGAUUCGUUUGCACAGUUUGAAUAUUUGUGUGAAAAUAAAAAAUAAAAA